AUGGCCCUCUCCACCAAGCUUGCUGGAAGAGCACCUGUCUUGUUGCGACAUGGCCGCCGACUACCAAUAACUCGCCGACAACUCACAAGCACCAGUUACCGAGGCCCUUCUCAACUUCUCGCUUCUACUCGCAAGCCUACAUUCACUCAAGAAAGGAAUUUCUCAGUUACAGCCCUCUGCUCUGCUAAUAGCGUAGGCAAUGUCCAAGAAGCCCCAAACCCGAAGGCUUACUUGGAAAGCGGCGUGAUAAAACCCAGAGAUAUCGUAGAUGUCAAGAAGGUCUUGGUAAUUGGUAGCGGUGGUUUAGCUAUUGGUCAAGCUGGAGAGUUUGACUACUCAGGAUCCCAAGCACUCAAAGCCUUGAAGGAGGCAGGUGUAGCCUCUGUACUCAUAAACCCAAACAUUGCUACCAUCCAGACCAACCAUUCCCUGGCUGACGAAGUCUACUACCUCCCCGUCACUCCCGAGUAUGUAGCCUAUGUAAUUGAGAGGGAGCGACCCGAUGGCAUCUUUCUGUCGUUUGGUGGACAGACCGCGCUGAACUUGGGUGUGCAAAUGCAGCGCAUGGGUCUAUUGGAGAGAUAUGGUGUUAAGGUUCUCGGCACAAGCGUACAUACGUUGGAGCUGAGCGAGGAUAGAGAUCUCUUUGCCAAGGCCCUCAACGAGAUUGAUAUUCCUAUCGCUAAAUCGAUCGCGGUUGGCACUAUCGACGAUGCUCUGGAUGCCGCUAACAAGGUUGGCUACCCCAUCAUUGUUCGUGCUGCCUACGCGCUGGGAGGUCUCGGUUCUGGCUUCGCGAAUAAUGAAGAGGAGCUCCGCAAUAUGGCCGCCCGAUCCCUCACCCUCUCGCCGCAAAUUUUGGUCGAGAAGUCGCUAAAGGGCUGGAAGGAAGUUGAAUACGAGGUGGUUCGGGAUGCGAAUAAUAACUGCAUCACCGUCUGCAACAUGGAGAAUUUCGAUCCUUUAGGAACCCACACAGGUGACUCAAUUGUCGUCGCACCCAGUCAGACUCUUAGUGAUGAGGAAUAUCACAUGCUCCGUUCUGCUGCUAUCAAGAUCGUCCGUCAUCUUGGAGUCGUAGGCGAGUGCAACGUUCAGUACGCCCUCCAGCCGGACGGUCUCGACUACAGAGUAAUCGAGGUCAAUGCUCGUCUUUCCCGCUCAUCAGCCCUUGCCUCUAAAGCUACUGGAUAUCCUCUAGCAUAUACUGCGGCGAAGAUUGGGCUUGGCCAUAGCUUGCCUGAGCUACCAAAUGCCAUCACCAAAACUACUACCGCCAACUUCGAACCUUCUUUAGACUACAUCGUGACGAAGAUACCUCGCUGGGACUUGGCCAAGUUCCAGCACGUGAAGCGGGACAUUGGUAGUGCUAUGAAGUCUGUUGGUGAAGUUAUGGCUAUUGGCCGUACCUUCGAAGAGUCUUUCCAAAAGGCCAUUCGUCAAGUUGACCCCCAGUUUCUUGGAUUCCAAGGCGACAAGUUCGACGAUCUCGACUAUGAGCUCUCUCACCCGACAGAUCGCCGAUGGCUCGCAGUUGGCCAGGCGAUGCUUCAUGAGGGCUACACGGUAGAUCGAGUUCAUGAAUUAAGCAAAAUUGACAAGUGGUUCUUGUACAAGCUUCAGAAUCUUGUUGACUGCACCAAGGAGAUGGAGGCUAUUGGCAGUCUUAAAGGCCUAAAGCGAGACCUUUUGCUUAGGGCCAAGAAGAUGGGUUUCUCCGACAAACAGAUUGCAAACGCUGUCAAGAGCAACGAAGACUCAGUCCGUGCUCUUCGAUUAAGUAUGGACAUUCGACCUUGGGUCAAGAAGAUCGAUACUCUGGCUGCUGAGUUCCCAGCAAACACUAAUUACCUAUACACCACAUACAACGCCAGCUCACAUGACGUUACCUUUGAGGACAAGGGAACUGUCGUUCUAGGGAGUGGUGUGUAUAGGAUUGGUAGCUCGGUCGAAUUUGACUGGUGUGCUGUCAGCGCUACCCUUGCCUUGAAGAAUAUGGGUGAAAAGACUGUCAUGAUCAAUUAUAACCCCGAAACCUACAGCACAGACACCGAAGUGGCUGACAAGCUCUACUUCGAAGAACUCAGCUACGAAAGGGUUAUGGACAUUUAUGAACUUGAGAAUGCAUCUGGCGUCGUCGUCUCUGUUGGUGGUCAGCUUCCGCAAAACAUCGCUUUGCGUCUCCAAGAAGUGGGCAAGGCAAAUGUUCUAGGAACCGACCCCAAGGAUAUUGACAAGGCUGAAGACCGACAGAAAUUCUCGGAGAUUCUGGACAGUAUUGGAGUUGAUCAACCUGCCUGGAAAGAGCUCACAUCCGUGGCUGAAGCUGAGAAGUUUGCUAACCAGGUUGGCUACCCCGUAUUGGUCCGUCCCAGUUACGUUCUCUCAGGUGCUGCCAUGACCGUUAUUCGAAGCCAAGAAGAUCUGAAGGACAAGUUAGAGGCUGCGAGCAACGUCUCCCCUGACCACCCUGUAGUGAUCACCAAGUUCAUAGAAGGCGCACAGGAGAUCGAUGUUGACGGUGUUGGCCACCAAGGCAACUUGAUUCUCCACGCUGUCAGUGAGCACGUUGAGCACGCUGGUGUUCACUCUGGCGAUGCUACACUUGUCCUCCCUCCCGUCAACCUGGACGACAGAACCAUGGAACGAUUGAAGGAGAUCGCUCAGAAGGUUGCGAAGGCCUGGAGCAUCACAGGUCCGUUCAACAUGCAAAUUAUUAAGGCAGAAAACCCCGAAGGUGGAGAGCCAGCACUCAAAGUCAUCGAAUGCAACCUUCGCGCAUCACGAUCUUUCCCCUUCGUUAGCAAGGUCCUUGGCACCAACUUCAUUGAUGUUGCCACCAAGGCACUGGUCGGCAAGGAUGUUCCCAAACCUACUGAUCCCAUGGCCGUCAAGAGAGACUAUCUGGCUACCAAGGUUCCCCAAUUCUCGUGGACUCGUCUGGCUGGUGCUGAUCCCUUCUUGGGUGUCGAAAUGGCUAGCACGGGUGAGAUGGCUUGCUUCGGUAAGGAUCUUGUGGAGGCGUAUUGGACCUCUGUUCAAUCAGCCAUGAACUUCCGCCUGCCCGAGCCUGGUGAGGGCAUCCUCUUUGGCGGCGAAGUUUCCAAGCCGUGGCUCACCAAGGUCGCCGAUUACCUCUCUCCCCUCGGCUACAAAUUCUUUGCUGCCGACGAGAAGGUUAAGCAAUUCCUCGAGUCCACCACCAAGGACAAGGUCACUGUGGAAGUGAUUGAGUUCCCCAAGGAAGACAAGCGAGCGCUCCGAGAGGUCUUCCAAAAGUAUGACAUCAAAGGUGUAUUCAACCUGGCUCUGGCCCGGGGCAAGACAACCAUGGAUGUUGACUAUGUGAUGCGACGAAAUGCUGUCGACUUCGGUGUUCCCUUAUUUAUGGAGCCACAGACCGCGAUCCUCUUUGCGCAGUGCAUGAAUGAGAAGCUACCGAGGAAGGAAGGUAUCCCAUCCGAAGUUCGUCGGUGGUCCGAGUUCCUCGGCGGCAAGCCGUUGUAA